CUUGACAGUUCCGGGAAUUGUGUCGGACGUAGCAACAGUAACUAAGGGGGCGGGGCCCUGGCGAUCGGUCAAUUAAUUUCAUGUAUUACCCACUAAUGUGAACUGUGUACGCGGAUGUCUCCAGUUGCCAUGGAUACAAAAUCCCUAUAGCAACUAAGCUGCAUUCAUGGCCAGUCACAAUCCAACAAGAGAAGGCUAUCACAGCCCUGCAUUAUCAGGUAGGCUAUCACUAUGGUGCAUGUGGCUUUUCACUAAACACAGCGUUGAGUGAAACAUAAAACAUGUCUGAUUUGAAAGGCGCAGCCUUUUUAUGCCAAACUGGGUACUCGAUGGAUAAAACUGGGCGCCAGUGGCUACGCACUGUUCUGUCCAUUUCUGUUUUCCAAAAACGACCUCGUCCGCCACUGACCCUCUCAGUCUGCAGUGAAAGUGAAGUUAAAACGGCAUAUAGCAUCCCUCAGAACCAAGCUACCUACAAAAAGGGCCUAAUGUAGUCUGGCUGCCUGAGGUAAAAUGCCCUACUGGAGCAGUGGUGGAAAAAUUGUUUGCAAGUGGAGAAACUUGUUGAACGUUUCCAUUUUUGUGAUCAUCGUUCAUUCGGCCAUGGUUUUGUAGGCCCACUCGAUGAAUGAAUGGUGUGAGUGUUAUGAAUGGACCAAGAACACGAAAUGACUCAUCUGCCCACACGCGGAUGAGGCAGCGGGACGGUGCAAUCUUCCAAAGAAAGAAGUGGAAAUACAGACACAUUGAAGCUGUCCUUGAGAGGGGUAUACAUAGACCACUAACUGGUGAUAUAAUCUGAGAUGUUUUGUUCAUUUUACAGUGCAUGUUCCCGCGGUGUAUAGCUGUCCGUGACAGUACAGUCAUAAAGCUGUCAAAACCCUACAGCCCGCCUUCAAUCCUCGCCCUAUAAGCUGGUCUAAAAUGGGUUCUUCUGACCUCUUGACCACUAAGGAUGCGACACAGACCUGUUGAUAUUGAGAUAAAAUUUUCAAAUCACAGAACAGGUUCGAAAAUAUUUCUACAUUUAUGGUCGGACUGACGUCAGAACAUCCCCUGAUCAGUUACUCAAACCAGUCUCUGCCAACAGUAUGUGACGGCGCCUCAAGCGGUAGGCGUACGUUUCAUUAAUAAGGAUCUAGGCGCGCGGUUAGACAGGCGAGCGUAUUUCGGUGGAUCAGAUGAGUAGACCGGGAGCCUUGCCCAGCCUCUUCAUGCUCAGAAAUGCAAUGGCCAUGCUGUCGCUGUAGACACCUUGAGCUCCAGUAGCUACACUCGUUUGAGACCAAGACGCAAAUUUAGCGGCUAAAUGAUUUGGCGGCAUCAUUUUUACUGUUCCAUGAUUUUAAUAUUGCAUGGGCUCUUCAAAUAUAUGCCUGCUGCUCUAAAAGGCCUCUCAAGGAUAAUCAGGUAGAGAGGCAUUGGUCGCCAGAGCAUGCCACAUCCCCUUAAGGUACCAUUUCACACGAGUUGGUUGCCAGAGCACGCCACAUCCCCAUAAGGUACCAUUUCACACGAGUUGGUUGCCAGAGCACGCCACAUCCCCAUAAGGUACCAUUUCACACGAGUUGGUUGCCAGAGCAUGCCACAUCCCCAUAAGGUACCAUUUCACACAAGUGCUUCACGUUGUGCUGUCUCUCACAGGCUGCGUCACAUGCCCAGCGUGGCUAGUGCUUCUGGUGCCCAGUGCUGUCGCAGGCCUUGAGAAGAUCGCCACAAACUGCUGCCAUGGUCCUUCCCGACAAGACCGUCAGGACCUCAGUCCCCAAGAAGGUGUCCAGGAAGCGGAAGCUGCGUCCCCAGGGCCUGCCCUCCCCGGCUCUGUGCUGCGCCUGCGGGCUCUGCAUCAUGUUGGCCGGCAUUAACAUCACCCUUGUGGGGGCCUUCGCGUUCGGCAAGUUCAUGCCCACCCAGAACCCGCCCAUCAUCAUCGGCCCCCUGUUGCUGCUGGUGGCGCUGUCUUUCUUCGCGGCGUGCUGCGUGUGCAGCCGGCGACCCCCGGCGCACUCGUCCCGGGGGAAAUCGGGCGCCGGCGGCGGCGACAGCUGGGGGCUGAUGCGCAUGGGCGGGGCGGCCUUUGAGAUGGAGACGAGCGAGCACACACUGCAGGACACCACCGCCGUGCAGCUCAGCCCCACCAACUCCCUCUGUUCCUCCCACAAGUCCAGCCCCACCCGCGAGACGCCCGCCAGUGACUUGCCCCGCCAGCUGCUCGCCACAGAGCUGAACAACUCGCCGAUGGUCGCCGACGGUCUGAUUGGAGAAGCCAACUGUCAGGAACAUGUAGCUGUUGAACAGGGUCCGGCACACGACGCCUCUGACACAUAGCGUGGUCACAGCGCAUGGGUGUCUUCACAUCCAGGAGAAUCACACUUUUUCUCAAGCAGUCUGGCUUGACCUAGAGUCUUUGGCAAAGUAAAAAGAACUGUGAUGGGCCUUUAAAAUAUCACAAAGGUUCAGAACAGGAGUCGUUUACGAGGGAAAGGUAUACAUAGCUAAAAAAAACAGGCAUGAAAUUACUUAUCACACUUGAUUUAGGCAGCAGAUUUCAAACAUCUUGGUAAAGGAGGGUGAGAAAAAAAUGGAAGCCUGUGAAAGCAAGAAAGUGUGUGACAGAGAGAUGACUGUGUUGCCUGAAUUAUCCUCAAACAUUUUCAAAUUGGCCUUAGUAACCCCCCUUUUCUGUUGUGCUGCUGACUGAAGAACUGGGACAUUUUCUUGUCUGUGAAUCAUUGGCUCACCAUGUCAACCUGACCCAACAGCGGGGCGGGGCGGGGCGGGAAUAGCCCCUCAGCAAUGAUUACUCGUGGACUUUUGAGACAGGAACAUCAUCUGAUACAAGCCCUUGGAAAUAGGAGGACAUUAUACAUUUUGUGAGAAAAACAAGGUUCCUCUGUGCCUCCUUAUUUGAUGCCAAGCAGUGGUGAAAUUGGACUGCUUUCAGAUGACACUGCUCAGGAGACCUGACAUUAUCUGUCUGUGUCACACAUAGAAGACACAGAGAAUGCAAGCAAAACAUGAUUCUGUGUGAACACAGAAUAUGACGUGAUGCUCACUGAAGGAAAGAUGGUAACUUAACUUUAUUUUGAAACAGGGAUGAUUGAAGAUAUUCACCCAAAAAAUUGAAAAAUAAAUGUUUCCUGUUUCCUUUUCUUGUGUUGUACUGCCUUGCUGUCGUGAGAGCAUUUUCUUCCUACUCUUUUGUUUGCCUUGUAUUUUAUUUAUUUAUUUAUACAUGUUUUAUACUUGUAUUGAGAGUGUGCUGGCUAAAUUUGUGAUUGUUUGAUGGUCAUAUACACUUCUAAUUCUAUUAUUGAUUAUGCAUUGAUUAAUAUCAAAAUGUCUUACAAAGCAUAACUGCUUAGAGCAUGCAAUGUCUAUGUAUGUGUUAAGUUCUUUGUUUCAAAACAGUUAAUAAAAACUCCAUGAGAAAGACA